CCCCUCCGCCGCCGCUGGUGGGUCCUCCUGCGCGUAAUCCUCCUCCUCCCGCCUCGGCGGCGCCCUUGAGAGCAGCCCAGGUGGACGGCGGCGCAGAGGGGCUCCCCGGCGGCAGAAGCAGCAGCCGCCGCCGCCGCCUGGCGAGGAGGAUGAAGCCGGCGGGGCGCUCUCCUCGCCCGGAUGCCCCAGCCCGCCCCAGCUGCGCCGCUUCCCGCAGAUGAUGGAGAGACCGGGCCAGCUCUGAGCGGCGGCGGCGGCGGCAGCGGCGCGGGGCACCGGGUGGCCGCGGCAACCAUCCCUCGGCGGAGCACUCGGAUGCGGGGAGACCCGUCCAGCCCGGAGCGAUGGGAGAGUGGACCAUUUUGGAAAGGCUGCUGGAGGCUGCGGUGCAACAGCAUUCCACGAUGAUAGGGAGGAUCCUGCUGACAGUGGUGGUGAUCUUCCGCAUUCUGAUUGUGGCCAUCGUGGGCGAGACGGUUUACGAGGACGAGCAGACCAUGUUCAUGUGCAACACGCUGCAGCCGGGCUGCAACCAGGCCUGCUAUGACAAAGCCUUCCCCAUCUCACACAUCCGCUACUGGGUGUUCCAGAUCAUCUUGGUGUGCACACCCAGCCUCUGCUUCAUCACCUACUCUGUGCACCAGUCGGCCAAGCAGCGGGACCGGAGGUACUCCUUCCUCUACCCGCUGCUGGAGAAGGACUGCAUCCGCGAUGGGAAGAAGGUGAAGAACGUGAACGGCAUUUUGGUGCAGAACCCCGAUGGCUCAUCCAAGGAGGAGCCCGACUGCCUGGAGGUGAAGGAGAUUCCCAGCACCCCCAUGAGGCCCCCCAAGAGCUCCAAGGUCAAGCGCCAGGAGGGUAUCUCCCGCUUCUACAUCAUCCAGGUGGUUUUCCGCAAUGCCUUGGAGAUCGGUUUCCUGGCAGGACAGUAUUUUCUCUACGGGUUCAAUGUGCCAGCCAUCUUUGAGUGUGACCGUUACCCUUGCGUCAAAGAGGUGGAGUGCUAUGUGUCCCGUCCCACUGAGAAGACCGUCUUCCUGGUCUUCAUGUUUGCUGUGAGUGGGAUCUGCGUCCUCCUCAACUUGGCUGAGCUCAACCACCUUGGCUGGCGCAAGAUCAAGACGGCCAUCCGGGGCGUGCAGGCCAGGCGGAAAUCCAUCUGUGAGGUGCGCAAGAAGGACCUCUCCUCGUUGGCCCAAGUGCCUACGCUCGGACGGACACAGUCGAGCGAAUCUGCCUAUGUCUGAGCAUGUUUGAUUCCGCGGGGAAAGGAGGCUCGGCGCGUUUGGUGUCGCCAAUGCAAAAACCAUCGACUGAACUGACCACAAUACCUCCAAGGUUAACGAUGCAAUAUUCAGCGGGUGCUUUCCACAACCUCCCCUCUUUUUCAGAGGACGGGGCAUCACAUUUGCUUUAAGGGCUGAUUGGGGACAUCCAGCCCCUCAGGAGCCAGGUGGCAGGAUCGGGGAGAGCAGAGGCCUGUUCCAUCUCCUCCUCCUCCCGCUCCCCCUGCAUCCGGCUCCUGCGUAAAAACUUCUCUACACACUUAAUGGUGCAAGCAAAAGGGUGGGGUUCGUGGAAACUUCUGCCUUUGACGCCUUUAAAAUGGACCAGGUGAUGAAAAUGCAUGAACCAGCAGGAUGGCUUUCAGGGGGAAGGGCGGGGUCUGCUGCUGCUGGUUUUUUGGGUUUUUGUUUUGUUUGUUUGUUUGUUUAAAGCAAACAAUAGGGGUGGGAGAAGAGAAGGGAGGAAGGGCUUCCUGCAUUCUCUCUUGCACGGCUGCCGUGAUGUAAAUACUUAAUGAGCAAAUGUGAUUUUUUAAAAAAUGAACAAAAACCAAAAAACACAAACCCAUAAGGUAUGCAAUUAAAAAGGAAUGUUUUCUUCA